AUGAACAGACUCUCUGCUAAGGUGUCUCCGUCUCCGGCCCCCAGCCCCAACCUCCUACAGCUGCCUGCGCCCACAGAGGAUGGGCAAAGACAGAGGGAUGGGGACACUGACUUAGCAGAGGGAGACCGAGGAGGAGAGGUAGAGGAGGGAGAGGCCGAAGGGGGUAAGCAAGGUUGCUGCGCCCACUGCCGGCUGCGGGCGAUCCGCCGGGUGGCGUGCGGGCUGCUCCUGGGGGGUUGUGUGGCGCUGGUGUGGGCAGGAGGCACUCACAGCGCCAGGCUGGCUCUACAGCUGCUCCCAGCCCCCUUCUUCAUCACCUGGUUCUGCUGCACCUGGAACCUGCUCCUUUUCCCACUUCACUACCUGAUGCAUCUACUGGGGGCAGGGUCCCCACACGGGCCCGCCACACACAUCAGGCGGUAUGCUGGUUUCCUUGCCGACCAGCCCCUGACGGUUCGGGGGGUGGUGAGAGGCGUGUCUCCGUUUGCGGUGCUGUGGAAUCUGUCUGGCUACCUGUACCUGCUGUCUCUCAGACACAUCGCCCCCGGCGACGCCUGCGCUGUUCUUUGCUGUAGUCAAGCCUUCCACUUCCUCCUUGCCUGGAUUGGGUUAAACCACCACUUCAUGGGAGUGAGGAUUGUGGCCGCCAUUCUCUCCAUCACCGGGAUUGUCAUGCUGGCCUAUGCAGAUGGUUUCCAUAGUGAAUCCAUCAAAGGAGUUGCUUUGGCUGUAGGCUCAGCCUCAACCUCCGCCAUUUACAAGGUAUUGUUUAAGAAGUGUGUGGGAGAGGAGCAGUCUGGUGCAGCUAGCGUGCUGCUGACCUGUGUGGGGCUUUGCAGCUGUGUGCUCCACUCCUGGGUGUGUGUGCUGCUUUACCUCACACACGUGGAGUACUGGCCCCUCACACAGCACCUGCCCUGGGACCACCUGUGUGUGACUGCUGCUUUGUUGCUAGGCUUCAACGUGCUGGUGCACCUGGGGGGUGAGCUGACCUACCCCUCCCUUCUCUCUCUGGGCAUGCUGCUUAGUGUUCCUGCCAGCACAGGCCUAGAUAUCUACUUGGGGGCAGCUACUCAGCUCAGCCAGGUGAGGGUGGCGGCAGCGGCUAUCAUCGCCGUGGGAUACCUCCUUUUGCUACUGCCCGAGCACUGGGACGAGCGCGUUCUGGGGUGGGCAGAAGGGCUGUGGCAGGGAACUUAA